GCUAACAAAAACAGCAAGAAGAAAUCGAAACAGAACAAAACAGCAACAGCUGUGAAUGAAUCUUCUGUGACAACGGAGUAAGUUGUGAGAAGGAGAUAACUCAUCAAUCGAUAUCGUAACUAAUGAGGAAGUAAACAGCAACAAUUUGAUAUUUUUUUCAACAUGACCUACUGAUCACGCUGGGACUCCUGCCGUAUAAUGGCUUUUAAUUCUUCCUCAGAAACUGUGAUCUUGGAAGAUACUUUUUAUUCCUAUCCAUUGACUUCAGUUGUUUGUAAUUUAAUACUCACUGAGAAAAUUUUAUUCAUUCAUUUUGUUAAUAAAGGAAAAGAUGAAGUUGAAAAACUCUUCUUGCACGAUGUGAUCGGUUGUCGGGUUUUACACGGUAAAGACAAGUUAAAAAAUGAUCCAAAGGAUCAUUUCGGUUACUUUUGUGUUUAUGCAUAUCUGUUGAAAACAUCAGCCGGUCUUCUGAGCAAACAGCUUAGAAGAGAAAGAAAAUGUUUAACGUUUCAAGCUCGAAAAUAUGAAACUCAAGAGGAAAAUAUUAAGCUUGUUGAAACAUGGAAGAGGGCUCUCUCUUGCCUUUUAAGGGGGCGAUUUUGUGUACAGAAUGGAGAAGUGCAUAUUCCUGAUUCAGUUCCUCCACACAAAAACUUUCUUAUUCUUAUCAACCCUAAGAGUGGAUGUGGAAAAGCUCAUCAAAUUUUUAAACAGUGGGUUGUUCCUGUUUUUCAAGAAAGUGAUACUGAAUUUGAGUUACUAAUCACAGAUCGAGCUAAUUGUGCCAGAGAUUUCGUGAAAAAAGCAGACUUGUCUCAAUGGGAUGGCAUUGUUGUCGUCUCAGGUGAUGGUUUAUUGUUUGAAGUGUACAAUGGAUUAAUGGCACGGUCUGAUUGGAAAGAAGUAAUUAAGAUCCCAGUUGGAGUUGUACCCGGUGGAUCAGGAAAUGGUCUUGCAAGAGCUAUAAAUUAUGCCAUUGGUGAACCAUAUGAUGUCAAUAUUGUCACUCCCUCUGUGCUAAAUUUAUUGAAAGGACGUACUGUACCGAUGGACAUAGUCAGAGUGCAAUCUCCCAAGGAAUGCUUUUACUCUUUCCUCUCUGUCGGAUGGGGACUCAUGGCAGACAUUGAUAUAGAAUCGGAAAGGCUAAGAGCAAUCGGAGAAGCACGAUUCGCUGUUUGGGGAGUUAUCAGAGCUAUAGGUUUGCGGAAGUAUAAAGGUCGGCUAUCUUAUUUACCAGUCAAGGGCUUCAAACCCACAGGUCCUAAUAAAAACCUCAUUGAACCAAAGCCCAAACGAAGCAAAACUAUCGAUUGCAAGCAGGGAUGGACGGAAGACACCUCGUUAAACGAGAAAGAGAUCCAACCUAACAUGUUCAGAUCUAAAAGCUUCGGAACACACGAGCCUGCGGUCACCGACACAGACAACAGAACUGUCCGUCUGAUGAAAUUCAGUUUCAGUGGGGACAAGUUUGAUUCCUAUUUAUCCAGUCUUAGUUCACUGCAAGAGGAAGACACCAAAAACAUUCCUCACCAUCACUGUGAUGAUGAACAGGAAGAGGACUCUGGGGACAAAGAGGACAAAGUUGGCAGCAACUAUUGCCCACCUCUUGAAAAACCUGUUCCUGAAGAUUGGACUGUUGUGGAUGAUGAAUUUGUGAUGGUGUAUGCUUGCCAUCAGACUCAUCUAUCAACAGAUGUUCUUUUUGCACCAGAUGCCAGAAUGGAUGAUGGCAUAAUUUGGUUGAUUGUGAUAAGAGCGGGCAUAUCCCGUGCUCAAGCUAUGUACUUCUUAUCUUGCUUACAGACUGGAGAACAUGUCAAUGUUCCAUACGUUGAUGUCAUACCAGUGAAUGCUUUCCGUCUAGAGCCACACAAAUCUGAAGGAUAUCUCACUGUUGAUGGUGAAGUGAUACCAUGCUGUCCCAUUCAGGCUGAAGUUAUGCCAUCUGUGGCUAGAGUGAUGUCACGGUGAAUAAUUGCUGUUAUUCGUUGUUUUAAAUUAUAAUGCCAAGUUUUUUAUUACAACCACUUUUAUUGCCUUUACAUUAAUUAUUCAUUUAUGACAUCAUAACUUAAUUCUUGUGUAAAGAGUAUUGCUAUUAAAAGUUUCAUUUAAAAAAAAAAAACAUUCGCAAUGACAAUUUAGGAUUUGAAUUAUUCUAAUAUUUAAUUUCAUUUAAAUAUGUCACUCUCAUGUAUUUUUAUGUGCAUCUUAUCAUGCUGAAAAAAUUGUAAUUAUAUCUAACCAUUAUUUAAAAUUUAAUUUCCAUUUAACAUAAUUUGCUAGCUUUUUUUCGAGGAUAAUAAAAUAAUUACAGAAUCCUUCGAAAAUACCAGAUAUAUUAUAUGAAAUGUUGAAAUAAUAAUUUGAAAAACCCUAAUUCUUGGCACUCAUUUAAUAAAUGAAUUUCAAAAAAAUUUUUCUUUAAAAAAAUUUAAACUUAUCAAGUUUUUUCUUUUAAUACAUGAAAGUAUGUAAUUCUUUUUUUUUUUUUUUUCGUUUAAAAAAUAUUUUAGUUUCACUUAAGUAUUGGUUUAUUCUGUAACUAUGCUUAUACUGAAUGUGAAAUAUUGUGUUUUUUUAAGUUUUAUUUUGUUCCAUUUUUUUAGAGAAAUUAACAUCAAGCAGUAAACUUAAUAGUUUUCUAAUUAAAGCAAAUGAAGUUGUUUUUAAAAUGGAAAAAAAAGUUACAAAAUAUGUUGUGCAUAGCAUUAUUUGACUUUUAUUUAUUCAGUAGUCUAAAUUGAUUUCUCUUAAUUUACACUUAAUUAUGCUCUUGACAGCAGCCACUGGUAAUUAAAAUACCCCCAAAAAAUUUGAUUGAAAAAUAAGUAGAAAUUAAUUGCUUAUUUAAAAAAAUGACUUUAUGUUGAAUUCUAAUUGUGUUUAUUCUGCAGUAUCAAUCGGUUACAGUUAAAAAUAAUAUUUUAUCUUACAUUACAUUUUAAAAAUACAUUAAUUUCUACGUAUGGAUAUUUCAUUAGUUAUUUCGUAUACAUUCCAUUCUUAUUACCUAUUCUACUUCCUUUGCAAAGAAUUCAAGGAGACAAUAAGUUAGAUAACUACUGGGCUAAGCUAUUUUCCAGUAUUUAAUUAGUUGACUAUGUUGUUUCUGUUGUAUGCCUAUUAUUUUACAAAGAUUCAUAGCAUUCCACCUGCGGUGCAGCCUAAUUGUUUUUUUUCCUCAUAUUUCCAAUUAUAUUAAAUAUAAUAUUAAUAUCUAACGAGCUUACAGGUGUUAAUAUUUCACUUAGCAAUUUACUCCAUUUUUAAUGACUUAAAAUCGUACAUUCAUAUUCAUGCUAAGGAAAGUAUAUUUUUAAAAAAGUAGACAUUCCUAUUAUUUUUCUCUUCAAGCCAUUGAUGUAUAAGAGUAGAACAAAAACAAGCCUACAGAUUGAAAAAAAAUUGUUUCAUUAAGCAACGAGUGAGUUUGGUAUCUUAAGAUGUAAAAAAUUUUUUAUUGGUAGCUAAACUUAUUCUCAAACUGUUUCAAAUUCAACACAGACAGAUAUAUCAUUUUAAUUUCAGUCUUCAUAUUUUCCUAUGGAUAAUUAAAAUCUGACUGAUCAAUUAUUUAAACCAUUAGUGGUUUAAAAAACUGAUCAGCCUUGACAGAUCAUUAUUUUGCCUGAUGAACUUCAUUUCAUAAAAAGGUUGUGCACAUCUUCACUGUAAAAAGAAGAAAAAAAAUCUGUAGUAUUGCUAGAAAAUCUCUUGGGAGUUGGGAUUUUAUAAACUUUUCUAAUAACAUUACUGCAUUAAACUUUGUAAAUGUAGUUUGUUUACUAAGUUUAAUGCAGUAACGUUAUUAGAAAAGUUUAUGGAAUUCAAGUUUCCUAGAAAUUUUCUUGUAAUACUACAAAUUAUUAUUUUUUACAGUUUAGCCCACCCAUAUUAUGUAAGUGGUACACCUGAAGUUUCUUUGUGUUGCAAUAUUUGUUGAUAAAUUUUGUUCUAUAUUAAUAUUUAAUCAAAUGAUAUGCUUGUUUUUAGUUUUAUAAACUGAUAUGCAUAUUUUAUCUUAUAAAAUGUUGAGUUAAUGUAUUUUUAGUUUAUUUAUUUGUUUUUUUUUGUGACAUUCCAUUGCUUCUGGUUACAUUAGUGAAUAAAUAAGUUUAAAGCUGUUA